UCCUGUGCACAAAUUAUGCCUCUUAGGUGCUCUAGAUAUCAAUAUAUAAACGUCUUAGGAUACAAAAUAUACAGGAAAUGUAUGGCUGUAUCCACAUUACCACAUAAGAACAAGAAGUCACUUCUUCAGCAUGGCACACAACAUUGAAGAAUAUUUCGAAUUUGCGAAGGAAAUGGCAAAUGAAGCUGGAAAGAGAGUGAAAACAGAUUUUUACAAGAACAAGAAUAUAUUAGUAAAAGAGAACUUUGCUGAUCUCGUUACGGAGACCGAUAAAGCUGUCGAGGACUUGAUAUUUGGAAGAAUCAAGGAAAAGUACCCAACCCAUAAGUGCAUUGGUGAGGAGACGGUGUCAGCAAGUGGCCAUUGUGAGCUCACAGACGAACCCACCUGGAUAGUUGACCCUGUAGAUGGCACCACCAACUUUGUUCAUGGUGUACCACAUACAUGCAUUUCCAUUGGCCUGACAAUUAACAAACAGCCAGUGCUUGGUAUAGUGCAUGCUCCGAUACUAGGAGAGACGUUUAGUGCAAUGAAGGGGCAUGGUGCUUUCUGCAACGAGACAAAGCUGAGUGUAUCAACCAUAAAUGAACUGAACCGGAGUGUUGUGAUUCUGGAGGGUGGCACUUCAAGAGUUCCAGAGAUUCUGGACACUAAGAUAGCCAACAUAAAGUCUGUCAUUGGACAUUGCCAUGGUAUCCGAUGUUACGGGUCAGCAGCCAUCAACAUGUGCUAUGUAGCCCGGGGGUCUCACGAGGCCUAUGUUGAGCACGGGAUUCAUGUGUGGGACAUCGCUGCAGCAGCUGUUAUUGUGCAGGAGGCGGGUGGUGUGGUCUGUGACCCUUCAGGUGGGGAACUCGACUUGCUGAACAGGCGUGUCUUAGCAGCAUGCAACAAAACACUGGCAGGCCAACUAUCCGCCAUCACGACUAACAUCGACAUGGGAAGGGACUAAAUACGACAUGUAGAAACCAUAAGUCAACGGGCUAUAUUAGUGUUUAAAAAAUCUAUUGCCUCCAUGUGAAAAUAUUACAAAUUUGUAAACUUUAACUUGUCUGUAGAUUUCCAUAAAACUGUCACGGUUUAUGUUAAGAUGAUCGAUAUGACAAAUUUUGCAGAGUUAGGGCCUUUUGUCCAUUUUUCCACUGCAUCAUAUUGUCCUAAAAUUGUGUGUUCUCAACAGUUAAGAGGAAUUUACUUAAACGUUUGAAGCUGGUUUUCCAGUAGUCAGAUAGCCUGUUGAACACUGUUUGUUUUGAUAUUCUUGCAUUUAGGCAGAUUUUACAGAAUCAUUAACAAACAUGAACUUUAUAAUGUAUGUAAGUUGCGAAUUAAAACAUUUAAAAUAAA